AUGGCUUUAUGUAGAACAAUGAAUUCUAAUUUAAAUGAUGAACCAGCUCAACAUGAUAUUCAGCCAUCUCUUGACGAAAUUCUUAGCAUGUAUCUUACGACUCUAAACACAACUCGCAAUAUUAACGCUAUCAAUCAUAUUCAAACAAAUGAAAGCAUAGCUAGAAGUUUUAGUACCGACGGUUUUAUUUCAAAAUCAAAUGCUACUACACGAUUUAUUCAACAAUCUAAUACAAAAGUUCAAUUCGAACAAUCAGCACCAGUAGUUACUCAAGAAGAACUAUGCUCAACAAUCAUUUCGAAUGAAUCAGAUCUUGUACAUGCUACUAAUGAACAUCAUCAACGGCAUUAUUCAACGAAAAAACCUUAUAGAUAUUGUCCAAAGAAGAAUAUUUUAAGUUCGCCACCAAUGGGCUAUAAACCGAUUUGUGUGCAAUUACUUGCAAGACAUGGCAGUCGAACUUUUAUUAACAGUCAUGAUUAUGAUCGACAGACAUUACAAAUCUGGCAAGUAGCCAAAGAAAAAAAUAUGCUGACACCAUUAGGUGAACAACUGAAAGAAGAUAUAGAAUGGUUCAUGCAUGAAAACGUUCGUGUGGGAUCGGGAGAGUUGACUCAAGUGGGUAAAGAAGAACAUUUCGGUCUUGGAAAUCGUUUGUUUAAUCGUUUAAAGCCUUUGUUUACUUCGUCAAAUACUGUUUCUGUGAUAACAAGUGGAGUGAAACGUGCCGUCGAUAGUGCUCGAGAAUUUCUUAACGGUUUAACAGUACAUGAAUGUAAUAUUCAAAUAUCAAAUGAAAAACCAAGCAAAAGUUUGCUUCAUUUUCACAAAUUAUGUACAAACUAUGUGACAUUUAAAAAACAAAAUCCUGAUAUCAAAACAAAAGUAAAUACAAUUAAAUAUUCAGAACAAACCAAAACAUAUGCACGGCAAGUCUUGAGAAAAAUUUAUAAAAAGGAAUUUAUUGAACAAUUAAUUAAUGGAAAAUAUCAAAUUAAUUCUGAUGAAAAUCUCGAUCCCAUGGAAACCAAUAGGCCGACCAAUGAAGUGGAUAUUGUUUUAUGGCUUUAUGCUAUGUUUUCUGUUGCACCAGCUCAAGUCCACUCCUAUUUAGCUGCAAUGUUAGCGAAAUAUUUUAAUCAAGACGAAUCGAUGUGGUUUGCUUAUAUCAAUGAUGCAGAAGAAUUCUACGAGAAAGGCCCAUCUAUCGAAGGGACAACAGUAACAUAUGACAUGGCAAAACCACUGCUAACGCAUUUUUUCACUUCAAUUAACGCAUGUAUAGAAGCAACCAGCAAUGUUACUGCACAUCUGCGUUUUGCUCACGCUGAAACAAUUAUUCCGUUUGCAACACUUCUACAAAUUCCUAAUUUUUCGGACAAAGCAGUACAUCAUUCCGAUGUUUACACCUACGAUAACAACCGAUGGAGGGGUGAUAAAAUUGCGCCGAUGGCUGCUAAUAUUCAAUGGGAAAUCUAUCAACAUGAAGAUAAUAAUGAACUAAUGUUAGUACGAAUGCUAUAUAAUGAAAUGGAAGUCAGAUUUAAACAAGAUUGUAAGCCAGUGACACAUGACUCUUUUUUCUAUGAUUUUAAUGAAUUAAAACGUUCAUAUGCAAAUCAUCUGUCACAAUAA